GAGAGAAGAGAGUGCAACACCUGAGAGCAUACAUCGGUGUGUGCUGUUAUUUGGUUUCCGGUCAGUUUGGGCGUUUUUCUUUCUCACCUGUGUGCAGCAGGUAUCUUCUUUUUUUUUUUUUGUGGAGGAGACAGAGGUGUUAUCCGCAGCACACUGUGGAUGAAGACUCCUCGGUUUCUUCAUGGCAAAAAGACUGAGUAAUGUGUGCCUAGCAUGGCUGUGGCUCCUGCACCGACCACCCAGGGACCGGUAUGGCUUUUAGCCGCAUCAGUAAACUGGACCCCCCGUCCCGAGGCAUCUUCAGGAAAGCGGCGGUCAUGCUGUGCUCCCUGCUCACCUCUCUCUUCCUCCUGCACUGCCUCGCCGACCGCUGCAGCACCUCGCCGGUCAGGGCGUCCUCCGGCCGGGCUGCGGGGCUCUUCGAGGACUCGAGGUCGCUGAGGACUAAACGACUGGCGUACGAGUGGACCGCCGGGUCGGAGCCGACGGGCUACGGGGCCGCCAGGCGCUCCUCGCGGGUCCUCGCGGAUGAGCGCGCGCGGCAGGUUUCGGAGCCGCCCGAGGAGUCUUUCAUCUUGCCGCCUCCGGAUUUAGUUGCCUCCAGGAAAGUGUCGCCCAGGUUCGCAGGUAAACUCAGUCCGCUCGGGGAGGGGAGCAAGAAGCUGCCGCAGGCUCUCAUCAUCGGGGUGAAGAAAGGAGGGACCCGGGCUCUGCUGGAGUUCCUCCGGGUUCACCCGGACAUCAGAGCCGUGGGCGCGGAGCCGCACUUCUUCGACCGCAACUACGACAACGGACUGGAGUGGUACAGGGAGCUGAUGCCUAAGACUCUGGAGGGCCAGAUCACCAUGGAGAAAACCCCCAGCUACUUUGUGACCAGAGAGGCUCCAGCCAGGAUCGCUGCCAUGUCCCGGGACACCAAGCUGAUCGUGGUAGUGAGGGACCCCGUCACCAGGGCCAUCUCGGACUACACGCAGACGCUGUCCAAGAAGCCCGACAUUCCCUCCUUCGAGAGCCUCACCUUCAAAAACAGGACUUCGGGGCUCAUCGACACCUCGUGGAGCGCCAUCCAGAUCGGCAUCUACGCCAAGCACCUGGACAACUGGCUGCAGUACUUCCCCAUGGAGCAGAUCCUGUUUGUGAGCGGCGAGCGGCUGAUCAGCGACCCGGCCGGAGAGCUGGGCCGCGUGCAGGACUUCCUGGGGCUCAAGAGGAUCAUCACGGACAAACACUUUUACUUCAACCAGACCAAGGGUUUCCCGUGCCUGAAGAAGGCCGAGGGCAGCAGCAAGCCCCACUGCCUGGGCAAAACCAAAGGGCGGACCCACCCCAACAUUGACCCAGAGGUGGUGCAGAGGCUACGGGACUUCUACAGGCCCUUCAACAUGAAGUUCUACCAGAUGACGGAGCGCUUUUUUGGCUGGGAUGACUGAAUGUGUUUUUCACUGAGGACUGUCGGAACUGCUGUAGCGGAGUAUGAGGAGCACUCUACGGGGGGAAGAUAAUAUUAUCAACAAAAGUCAUAAUCUUACCAGAAACUUGUCUAAUAUUACAAUUUUAAAGGAAUUCAAUUGUAAAAUCUAUGAAAAAUAAUUAGAAUAUUUUGUGAAUAGCACAAUACUUACUUUGUACAAACCGUGUUUUAGCAAGCAAAAAUAUUUAUAUUAUUUAUGGCGAGUCGGGCAAUGCUAAGACAUGCUAAUCUAUCCAGGCCAAUGCAGUUAUUUCAUUUAAGUUGUUCUUGAAAUCAUAACUUAUUCUAUUCUAUAAAAUGAUUCAUACUUAUAAUAUUACGAUGAUUUCUCAUAAAUAUCUUACCUCAUACUUGUUAUAUGACUUUGUUAGACUUUAUUCUAGUCAAAUAUAAGAUUCAAAUUUAAGUAUUUAAUAGUUUGUUUUAAAUUUACAAAAUAGUUCACAUGAUAUAUAAAUAUAUAUUCGAGAAUAUAACAACCAAAAUGCAUUCUUAAAAUAUCUUAAAUUAUUUUUGCUAAAAUAUCUGACAUUUUCUCAAAAUAUGGGACUUUAUUCUUGAAAUAUUCUGACUUUAGUCCCCAAACAGUGUUCCCAGUACCCCGUCCUCAGCAGCAACUCUAAGCAAUAUGUGGCUCCCAGAUAUGCAAUAACUCACUGUUACAUUUUCAUCGUCAGAGCUGCCUCUAAUCCGCAAUCAAGGAGAUAUUUUCUUCUGAAAACAUUGAGUUGUUGAAGGAGUCGCGUCAUAUCUCCCUGCACUAUUUUAUUUUUUUUUUCAGUUCAGAGUCCUCGGCUGUGACUCAUAUUGUAUGCAGUGCUUCUUUAAGAAGAUGGGUGAAAUCACAUUGUGUCCAGGGGCUUUUGAUGAAAGCAGUGUUUUAAUGCCAUAUUUUAAACAUACAUAGCUGCUUUCAAAAUUUGAACAUUUUUCUAGCAAAAAAAAAAAAAGAAUAUGAAAAUAUAUGUAUUUUUGAAAUGUAUUUAUUCGAGUACACAAGCAGUAUGUAUGUAUGUUGAAUAACUCCUCAGAGAUUAUUUGCUCUCUAAUUAUUAUUAUUCCCAUGCCUUUAGAGUUUUGUUUGUUGUUUUAUUCUAAAAACACGCUAUCCUCAUUUUACUUUCAGGUGGUCCGUUCUAGUAUCUAUUAGCUCGACAGCGUGGGAACGUCUCGUCGUAGCUUUCAGUGCCAGAGCUGUGAGUUUGUUAUUUCGAGGGUCGCUCGCCCGCCCUUCAGCUAAUGAAGUUACAGGCGAAGACGGCAUUCGCUGUUAUUCAAGCAACAGCGACUCCUUCGCGAACUGUGACUCAAAUUUCCUCAACAUGCCUCCCUGUGAAUUGAAUACACUUGAUGUCACUGGCCUCGCUCGCCUCGAGGCGAUGUGUGCGUGGAAGUGUUUUUAAACCCGGGGAGCACGAGAACAAUGGCCGAGUUGUGUUCCUAAUUUCUGUCUACUUGUAUUGUGAGUCACUCUCUGAAAGCAGAUGUGCCUCAAAGGACUCAAAACCAUGUUGUGUUUUGGUGUGAGCAUCAGAGAGGAGCCUAAUAUAGAUUUUUGUUUGAGGGGGGGGGGGGGUUAUAUUACCAAUCUAAUUGUGCUGUUCUGACUGUUGUUUUCUUAAGAUGUUGGGAUUUUUAAGGCACUCCUUGAAUAAAAAAAAAUGCUAAAUAUAAAUAUUGUAUUUAUACUGGCCUUUAAAUAUAUAUUUGUCAUGGAAAUGAUUCCAUCUCAGAGAUGCAUGCAUACUAACAGGAUAGCGUACCAUAUCCACGACGUAAGGGAGUCAUUCCAGCAAGCUCAGCUUCCUGCUGAAUCAUACGAGCGCUUUCCUAUCUCUCCGGUUACACCUUCACAUAUUGUCUCUGCCUAUCUCGGUCCAGCCUCCGGGGCAGAGCGUCAAAGAAACGAUGCUUCCAAUCUGGGAGACUUAUUACAGGUUUCCUGGCGGCUUGUUUUGGGGGGACAUUGUCAAGAAAGUUGGAGUGGCACUCUCUUGGCUUGGAAAGGCUCUUAUUCCUUCCAGCUAACACGUAGAGUUUAACGUAGAAGAAGAUCAUUUAUGCACAGCGUACAACAAAACUAACACACACACACACACAGUACAUAUUCAGACCGUGUACUACUUAAGCUGGGGAUACAAUGUUAUUAAUCUUGUAUGUUUUGUUAACUCACAUUACACAGUGUGAGGUAACAUCACGGGUGGUCAAACUUUUAUGGUUCGGGGCCACAGACAGAAAAAUAUCAGAGUCACGGGUCAAGAAAAUCAAAUCAGCCCAUCCGCCAUAGAAAACGCAUUUAUUACAAAAAGUAUUAGUUUAACUUGGUGCAUGGCAAGUUUAAACAGGCAGAAGCUAC